AUGUCAAAAUGUAGAGCUGAUUGCAAAAACAAAAUUGAUCUUGAGUUACAAGAUAAGUUAUUCACAAAUUACUGGUCAAUGAAAAACUAUAAUAAAAGAGUGUCAUACAUAUCUGGAUUAAUAACUAGUAGCAACAAAAAAACACAAACCAAAAAAGAGUGCACACCAGAAAAACAGAAAAAUAGAGUAAAGGUUUAUCACUAUUCUGUUCCAAAAGAUGGUAUACUUAUUUCAGUUUGUAAAAUUUGUUUCCUAAAAAUAUUUGGUGAAACAGCCAAGUUCACUAGAACUAUUUGUUCAAAAAAAGUUGAUUCUCCUGUCAGUCGGUGUACACCUGAUAAAAGGGGAAGGGCAGAACCUCGCAAUAAAAUAACUGUUGACGUUCUUAAAUGUGUUAUUGAUCAUAUAAAUCAACUUCCAGCUUAUGAGAGUCAUUAUUGCCGCCAAGAAACCAGUAAAAAGUAUUUACCUCCAUAUUUCACAUUGCAACUUGCCUAUAAUGAAUAUAUUAAAACGGUUGAAAACCCAGUAAGCCGCUCAAUAUACAUAAAAUAUUUUAAGUUGUCAGGUCUAAAAGUCAAAAAUCCCAAAAAAGAUACCUGUUCUUGUUGCGACAGGUUAAAAAUCCAAAUUAAUAAUACUAUUUGCUCUAAUGAACAAAAAACCAUACUAAUUAAUCAACAAACGCUACAUCACGCUGAAGCUGAAGAAGCUUUUAAUUCGAAAAGAAAUGAUAUUUCUACAUCUACAGAGAAUACAUGUGUUAUUGCUUUUGACCUCCAGCAAUGUCUUCCUACUCCAUCUCUAGAAUCGUCGGUUGCUUUUUAUAAAAGACAAUUAUGGACAUAUAAUUUCACUGUCCAUAACACUUUUACCUCAAAAGCUGUAUGUUAUAUUUGGAACGAAACAAUAGCCAAACGAGGGGCAAAUGAUAUUGGUUCGUCCCUAUUUCAUUAUUUGAAAAGUUUGUCAUUAGAUAUUUCGCAUGUCAUAAUGUAUAGCGAUUGUUGUCCAGGGCAGAACAAGAAUAGCAUAAUUAUAGCCAUGUGUAUUUAUUUUUUAGAGAAUCAAGAUAAAAUAAAAACAAUUGAUCAUACAUUUAUGGUGCCUGGGCAUACAAGGAUGGAAUGCGCGACUCUGACCACGCCCGCAUUGAAAAAGCUCGUAAACGUUAUCCUUUCCCUAUAA